AUGUCUGGCCCUCUUUUCGGCAUCGUCCCGGCUGGCCAGCCUCUGAUGACGGACCCAACAUCGGCGCCCUCAGAAACCUCAUUCCUUUAUUCCAUAUCUGCUGCCCGACCCUUCUCUCACAUUACGGUCAUGUUGCUCCCCGGCAUCGUCCUACCUCCGGACACAGCUGCCGCCAUCUACUUCGCCACAGCCGCGGAUGUCGCUACCGCUACAGCCACGGGUCAAACGCCAAACUUCAAGUUCCUCGGCGGCAUAGGCACGGGUAAAGAGAGCGCCACCUUCAAGAUCAACGCUGGGGGCAGCGCCAACAAUGGCGGCGGGGUGCCCAACGACGGCAGUGUCAUGAUUGGCGUCUCUGUCGAACCGGCCGAGUCAGUAUUCUCGCGCAUCCAGGAGCUCACCGCGAACCGGUCAUCCAAUUCGGGGACCGCUUCCCAGCCGUCCACGCAACUCUUGGCACAGAACAUCAUCAAGAAUGCCUUCAACUUCCUAGCGAGCUUCAGUGGCACGGCUGGACCUGGCGGCGUCGAGGUUGUGCCAUUGAAAGCUUUCGAGGAGUGGUGGAAGAAGUUUGAGAGCCGUGUCAGGUCCGAUCCCAGUUUUCUUGAGAGAACGCAGGAUUGA